GGUGACAAAUGACAAUAGCCAAAACGAAUGACCCAUGGUGCUUCUUGCUUUGUAGAGAGAGAGAGAGAGAGAGGGAAUCUUCGACGACCCUGCUGUGCCCAAUUAAAGGGUCGUUGUCCUAUUUUAAUUUUCUCCCAUCUCCGUUCUCAUUCUUCAUCUGCUUCUUUCUCCUCUUCAUAUUCUCCUUUCUUAUAGCGUCUGAUACAGAAUGAAGUUUGCAGCCGGUCAAUUGCUCUUUGCUCGUGUCUGUUGACUUUGUUCUUCCUCGUGUGAGUGACUCCUUGAGCCUUCUCUGAUUAUAUUCAAUUUGUACAAUGUUAGGGAAAUGAAUUUGUGUUUCUGCAAGGGAUGAUCACUGGGGCUUUUGAGUUCUAGCUGAUUUUGGGACCCCUUUCCGCAACCCCUAAAUAAUCGCCUGUUCCCAUGUACUGCAUAUGGCAUGAGAUUUGUUAAUUUGGGGACUUUCUCAUGGAUGUUCCCUCGCACAUGGCUGUGGAUUGUGGUAGAAAUCUUCUCCUCCUACUUGGUUUCAUCUGCGGUCUGUUGCUUAGUAGCAGUGUAAUUUAUGCCACUCCUACUGAUAUCUAUUGCUUGAGAACCGUGAAGGACUCUAUUGAUGACCCUUCUUCGUACUUGAGUUCAUGGGAUUUCGCCAAUGACACCGAAGGCUACAUCUGCAAAUUCGUAGGCGUGGAAUGUUGGCAUCCUAAUGAAAACAGAGUCCUAAAUAUUCAUCUUUCGGACAUGGGUCUGAAAGGCCGAUUCCCUCGUGGCAUCGAGAAUUGCACCACCAUGACUGGCCUGGACCUCUCUAGCAACAAUUUUUUCGGAUCCAUCCCUUCCGAUAUAUCAAACAAACUCAAAUACUUAACCAACCUUGAUCUCUCCUCCAACAGUUUUUCUGGUCAGAUUCCUGUGAGUCUUAAGGAUUGUUCAUUUCUGAAUGUCCUUAAACUCGACCAUAACCUGCUAACAGGUUCAAUCCCACUGCAACUUGGGCAACUCAAUCGGCUUAAGACAUUUAGCGUUACCUACAAUCAAUUGUCAGGGCAGGUCCCUAACUUUGCUAGUCCUAGCAUCACUGCCGAGAACUUUGCAAAUAAUCCAGGAUUAUGUGGGGCACCUUUGGGCCCAUGCCAGGGUAAACAAGGGAAAUCUCAUGUUGGUGUUGUUGUCGGAGCAGCUGUUGGUGCAAUAAUUGGUACAGCUUUUGUUGUGGGUAUUGCUCUCUACUACUCACGUGGAGUGGCUUUGAAGAAGAAGGAAGAUGAUCCAGAUGGCAACAAAUGGGCAAUGACUAUAAAGGGAAUGAAAGGCAUUAAGGUUUCAAUGUUUGAGAAGUCAGUUUCAAAGAUGAGGUUGAGCGAUCUUAUGAAGGCUACUAACAACUUCAACAAGAGCAACAUCAUUGGAAGUGGAAGCAUGGGAACUAUGUAUAAGGCAAUGCUUCCUGAUGGCAAUUCCCUUAUGGUAAAGAGGUUGCAAGAUUCUCAACGCUCGGAAAAAGAAUUUGUGUCUGAGAUGAAUACCCUAGGGAGUGUUAAACACAAGAACUUAGUUCCUCUAUUGGGUUUUUGCGUGGCAAAGAAUGAGAGGCUUUUGGUGUACAAGUACAUGGCCAAUGGAAACCUUUAUGAUUGGCUACAUCCUUUGGAACCCAAUGCCGAAGCUAUGGACUGGCCAUUGAGGCUCAAAAUUGGGAUUGAGGUAGCUAAAGGUUUGGCCUGGCUUCAUCAUAACUGCAAUCCCCGAAUUAUUCAUAGAAAUAUAAGCUCCAAAUGCAUAUUACUGGACGAGGAUUUGGAGCCUAAAUUAUCUGAUUUUGGACUCGCAAGGCUCAUGAACCCAAUUGAUACCCACUUGAGCACUUUUGUUAAUGGGGAGUUUGGAGAUUUGGGUUAUGUUGCUCCCGAGUAUCAUCGGACACUGGUUGCGACUCCAAAGGGUGAUGUUUAUAGCUUUGGAACUGUUCUUCUUGAGUUGAUUACUGGCGAGAAACCCACGCAUGUGACUAAUGCCCCUGAAAACUUCAAGGGAAGUUUGGUGGAGUGGAUCAUGCAUUUGACAACUAAUUCUCUUCUCCAAACUGUUAUUGAUAAAUCUUUGCUUGGGAAGGGUUUUGAUAGUGAGCUCAACCAAUUUCUUAGAGUUGCUUGUAAUUGCGUGUCGCCAAAUCCAAAGGUGAGACCAACAAUGUUUGAAGUGUACCAGCUUCUUAGAGCUAUUGGGGAGAGAUACCAUUUCACAAUUGAUGAUGAAAUAUUGGUUCCACCAGCCAGCAAUGGUGAUUUCCCAGAUGAACUAAUUGUUGCUCAAGAAGCAGGGUAGCUUGGCAGAAAAAGGUAAAUUUCAGAAUGCGAUACGUAGAAUAUUGUAGUAUUAAUCAGAUGCCAUAUGAAUAAGCAUCUUCAUCAGCAUAUACAAUCUUAUAUCUGCACUAUUGUAUUCAAGUCUAGCAUUUUCAAGUUUAGAUUGCGUACUUGUAUAUGUGUAACUUGUCAUUCUAGGUAUUAUUUUUCCUCUUCUUGGUCUAUCGAUGUACUAAAAAUGUCCAUUUUGGUCUUGAACAAAUGACCAACUGAUGGGUUCGGCUUCAUGAUUUUCAUUUAAGGAAUUACCACUGGCAUGGGCCACAUCUGGGCUGA